GCUUGUUUGCGGCGGUUGACGUACGUCACGACGAGUAUACACUUCGGACCAAUUUUUAAACUACGUCGUUUUAAUUAUCUGGUAUAACAUGCCAAGAAAAAACACUAUUUUAAAUAGUCAAGCCAAAAAACUGGUUUACCAUGUAAACUGUUUUAUGAAAAAGGAGGCUGAAGAAGGACCCAGAAAUUUAAAACAAGUUCAAAAAAGAACAGCGGAGGCUACGAACACAUCUGUUGCAACUGUGAAGCGAAUUCUGAAAGAAGGUGGUAGUAAUGAGUUUCUUUCUGCAUUUAGAACACCAGGAAAAAAACGACCAAGAGCAAAACCUAUCACAGGUGUAAAUAAUUUUGACCAGGGAGUAAUUAAAAGGUGUAUACACAAUUUUCAUAUCACAGAAAAAGAAUUGCCCAAUAUAGCAAAAUUGCGAAGCAAAAUGCAGCAAGAUAUAAAUUUUCAAGGCUCUGAACGAAGUUUGAGAAGAAUUAUACAAAGUUUAGGGUUCAAGUGGAAGAACACAGAAAAUAAAAGGCGGGUGCUGAUAGAGACCUCAAGUAUUCGAUUAAAAAGAAUUGAAUAUUUAAAAAGAAUGAGCCAGUAUAGACAUGAAGGAAGGCCUAUAGUGUAUACGGAUGAAUCAUAUGUAGAUUCUUCUCAUUCGACUCCCAAAGCCUGGUCAGAUGAGUCAACUAAAGGUAUUAAAAAACCUAUUUCAAAGGGACAGCGGGUAGUCAUUGUUCAUGCCGGGUCCGAGACAGGUUUUAUUCCAAAUGCAUUACUCACAAUUAAAACAGUUAUAAAGACAGGCGACUACCGCGACAAUUUGAAUUUUGAUAUCUAUGAGAAAUGGCUGCGAACUCAAUUAAUACCUAAUCUGCCAAGUAAUUCCGUAGUAGUAAUUGACAACGCUUCCUACCAUAAUGAACAAUAUGACCCGGCACCAACAUCAGAUGCGAAAAAAUCGGAACUUCAGGCCUGGUUAACGGAAAAAGGCAUUGAAUUUAGUGAGGAUAUGUUGAAACUUGAGUUAUACAACCUUGUAAAAUCUAACAAGGACAAGUACAAGAAAUUCAGAAUAGACAGAAUUCUGGCAGAAUAUAACCAUGACGUCAUUCGUCUACCUCUGUAUCAUCCAGAUCUCAAUCCGAUUGAGAUGGCAUGGGCUGCGAUUAAAGAGUACGUAUCCAGGAAGAACGUUACUGGUCCCAUCAAAGAAGUGACUGAAUUAAUUAAAGAAAAGGUAGAAUUAAUGGGUGCAAGCGAGUGGAGUAAGAUGUGCGAAAAAGUAAAAAAUAUUGAAGAGGAGUACAAACGAAGUGAUCGUGUGAUUGAUAGUUUAACAGAGGAAUUUAUUAUUCGAGUUAAUUCCGACUCCGAUAGUGAUAGUGACUUUACUGAUAGUGAUGACGAGGAAGAAGAUGAUGAUGGGAAUCCAACUGGCAGUACCUACUAGAUUAAUUGUGGAAAGCGAUUUAAUGGAAGGUGUCACACCCAUAUCACUGUAAUGUUUCGUCACUAACCGACUACGGAGCGUAUAAUUUUUAAUAUCUCAUAAAAUACAUUUUUCUUUUUAUAAAAAAA